CUAGAAAACUGUGAUAAAGAGAAAGAACCUUUGAAAAAUACAAAUGAUAAAUUAAAAAAAGAACUAGAAAAUUGCAAUAAAGAAAAAAAAAUCUUACAAGAUGAAAAUAAAAAACUUGAAAACGAAAUUAACAAACUAAAAGAAAACCUGAAAAAAUGUAAAGAAGAACCAAAUGAAAACUUACUAAACGAACUUAAAGAAUUGGGAAAAGAAUUAGAAUAUAUAAAAACUAAUGAAUUAGAAUCUAAAAUAGAUAAAAUCGUUGUAGUCAGUGAAGAAAUAAAAAAC